AGCAAUUGAAAUAUCUCAUCGAGAGGAAGAUGAUGAGCUUGGGUACCUUGUUCCUUACCAGAGAAAACAUCUACUUAGUGAUUUUGCUCACUCAUCGGCAUUCUUUUAGGACGUGAGUGAAUGAUUUAUCCGCUCAACGCUCUUGGAAGUCGACCUGCGCCGAAGGCCGACGGUGGGUCAGAAUUUGGAAGCGAUUCGGGUUACUGCUGGUACCUGCACGAAGUUUGGCCAUCCGCGUUAGAGUUUGUCACAUCGAGUUGCAUGAUCAGUGUAUCUCGGUUUGGCCAGUAAGUUCGUCCUCAGAUUCGGCGUCCACUCACAACCAGAGGAACCUCUGCAAAACAGUCAGAUAGUAAACUUGCAGUAUAUCGAGCAUCUGGAGUAAUUUGUCCAUCUACGGAAGCCCUCCUUCAUAGAAGGUAUUUCGUUUUCUGCAAGGUUCUCAUGAGGUCUUCGAGUCUCUUUUUUCAGCACUUUGGAAACAUUAAACUAAGAUCCAGACGGCGGUCACACUGUCCCGGACUCUGUUCGAGGUAUAGAUUGCUCAUUCACUCACGUAUUGAGCUUUACCAAUUCCAGGCAAGCUGCCAAGCCUAUAGAGGUUUUAGAGUUUAGGAAGCUCGUUGGAGCCUCGAGGAGUGUUCCAAGGCUGCCCGGACCGAAUUGAGCUGUUUUGUCGGUUACCGUAUUGGUGUUGAUCGUCCGUCGAAGUACAACGGAGCAGCCCGCGGCAUCUGGACUCUAGUGAAUACGGAGUUACACAAUUUGGCCCAAGGAAGACAGAGGUUGAAGAUAUUUGGUUCUUACUUGCAGACCUGUUUGCUUAUGAAUAAGCUGGUUUUCAGCAAGAGGAAGGGAAUCUCUGUCUGAGGUUUUUUAUCGGGAGGAGGCAACAAAUGUUGAGGGUCAGAGUCAAGGUUUAUUUCACUUGACGUUUUGCUACAUGUGAAAAAGCAUAGUCGGGCGUUCUGCUCUCUUCACGAUGUCACUGAGCCAAUCAGAAAGAUAGGAACAGACCGUCUCCACUACUAGGUCUACUGAACAUGAUCUGAUGUGUAUUUCCCCAAAAGCGGCCUCGCGUCUCCCGCAGUAUCGUGAAAAGCUCUAAGGAGGAUGGAGACCCUGGUUACCUCCGAAGCUUGUCGCAGCCCUUGCAAUUUCAUUGAGGACACUUUAGCCUGUGAAACUGCAGCCAUAGUAGCUAGACGACGGCGAAAAGAAAUCCGUCGGUUCAAGCUGAUUACUAACGCUGGAUUCUCUGAGCCUUCAAGAAAGCGCUCCCGCUCUUUGGUUAGUAACACCUUUUCCUCUGACGUAGGAGAUGAAGCAAGCCUUGUGCCAUGCAGGCCAAACUGUAACCUUGCUUUGAGGCCGUCCAAGCAUUCCGCGGAUAACGAAGAGCGGACAACUGGAAGCCGCGAGGCUUUUAGUUGUCCUCAUGGGCUUGAAGGAAGAAGAUCGAUAACGUCUUCGUCUAUGUCUACUUGGGAGAGGACUUCCGCGUUGGGAAUUGGUAUGCAGAGUAGUAGCAGCGGAGAAGAGGAUAGCGCAAGCAGUAAUAGCGGUAGCACAAGUAGCGGGAGCAGUGUAAGUAGUGAUAGUUCCGGGACAAGUCUCGAGAGCACGGACGCCGAAGCAGGCUCCACUAUCACUUGGACUUCAGACAACGGCCGCCCCUUAAGUCUCACUGAUACUCAACUACAUGUACAAGCAACGACAAACAUGCUGCAUUCGCAAGGCACACCCGUUGACCGCCUCAAAGUAUCAGGCGAGAGAAGCCUUCUGAAUCUGGACGAUACAACCAUGGCUCCUAGUACGAGUAGUAGUUCAAACUUCAUUGAUGAUGGACAAUGCCCUCCUCAUGGACUCGUAUCAGUUUGUGGACGGCGUCGAGAAAUGGAGGAUGCAGUUGCAGCAGUUCCUGCGUUUUUAUCAGUGCCAUGCGAUGUCACUGGGUGCAGUUGUCGAGACAGUUAUGGAGUACACGCUCCUUUACACUUCUUUGGAGUAUAUGAUGGGCAUGGGGGCUCCCAGGCAGCGGUAUUUUGUGCAGAUCGCCUCCACCAUGCUCUUGCGGAGGAGAUGAAGACUCUUUUGAACGCAGGAAGCUCUAGUCUUGGAUGCUCUCACAACUACUGGGAUCUGCAGUGGCAAAGAGCAAUGCUAGCCUGCUUCUUAAGAAUGGACGCAGAGGUUGAGCCAAUUGCUCCUGAGACAGUUGGGUCAACUGCAGUGGUCGCAGUAGUGGGAUCUUGUCAGAUUAUCGUUGCGAAUUGCGGAGAUUCACGAGCUGUGUUAUCACGUGGAGGAAGAGCAAUUGCCCUUUCAAAUGAUCACAAGCCCGAACGAGAAGAUGAAAUGGCCAGGGUGGAAGCCGCCGGAGGUCGUGUUAUUUUUUGGAAUGGUUAUCGUGUCUUGGGUGUGCUUGCCAUGUCUAGGGCCAUUGGUGAUAGGUAUUUGAAGCCUUAUGUAAUCGCGGAGCCAGAAGUCACUUGCACUCAGCGAUCGGAAGAAGACGAAUGUUUGAUAUUAGCUAGUGAUGGUUUAUGGGAUGUAUUAUCAAAUGAGCUUGUCUGCGAAAUUGCUCGGAAGUGUCUGAUUGGUCGUCGCAGUAGUGAUCUUUCACUGAAUAUGGGCCCUAGUCUGGAUGAUGAAGCAGAGGAGUCUCCUGCCUCUGUGGCAGCUGCACUUCUUACCAAGCUGGCCCUAGCACGAGGUAGCAGUGACAAUAUCAGUGUAGUAGUUGUUGAUUUGAUGGCACGACCUUCCAGAUUGUCGUGAAAUGUCUUUACAGUGUUCGUGGCGAGGAAACGAUAAAGUGACAGACUUAAAUAGUGCAGCAGUAUAAAACUUGCAUAUUGUUUCGGCGAAGAUGUUCGGAUGGGAAUUCUGGAACACGUGUUUGGAGUACUUAGAAAAAAUUGUCACUGAUGGGCCAGUAAUGUGCCAAUAAUUAGCAAACAGUUUUUAUUUGGUUUUGGACAUGCUUAUCAUGUUCGCGAAAUGUGUAUUAGUCGUUUUAUUAGUCGUGUAUAUCAUGGGAGGCGCUUUGUAGACAUUAUGAAAUAUUUUCGGCGCUUGUAGCUUGGUCAGGUUCUCGGGAACGUGAGUGUGUAUUCACAAGUCUGGUAAAGUUGACACCGUGAUAGGUGGCAAAUUAUUCUCAUGCCACUUCGGGUUUAUUCACUCAGGUACAGGAUUGGUCAGUUUUGAGAAGGAACGAUUCAUCAUCGCUUAUCAGUAAAGUUUUAUUAUUCGAGUAAAGUCUCUAUUAGUGCUUUU